UGUCAAACAUUUAUAUUUUGUUUUGUUUUUAAUUUUGUAAAAAAUAUAGGACUGUAAAAAUUGAGUUUGACUUGCCGGAAAUAAAAUAGCCAAAGUUGUAUUAUAAUCAACAACGUUUCUUUUAAAUGGUCAUUUUCGACAAGCCGUACAACUAUGGCUUCCGCACAAGAUGCUUGGUAUCUUUCACUUUUAGGCCUUGCAGAGUAUUUUAGGGCAUCAAACCCCCCAAUGAUUAAACCCUGUAUACAGUGUCUACAGGCGGUUUUUAAUUUCAAACCUCCACAAAGGGUUGAAUCGAGAACUCAUUUGCAGCUUGGGAAUAUUUUAUUAAAUUAUACCAAGAACAUUGACUUGGCAAAAAACCAUUUGGAGCAAGCGUGGAAUCUCUCACAGUCAAUUUCAUCUUUUGAUGAUGUUAAAUUUGAAGCCGCAAGCAUUUUGGCAGAGCUAUUAGAGCAAGAAAACCAAACUGCUCAAGCAAAGCCAAUUUUAAGGAAAGCUAUUGAGUUAUCUCAACACAAUGUUUAUUGGCAUUGUCGUUUAAUUUUCCAGUUGGCACAAAUUCAUGCAGUUGAAAAAGAAUACGCGUCGGCAAGUAGCCUUUUAGGAGUUGGUGUCGAUUAUGCUCAAAUUUCAAAUGCUUACUACACUAGGAUAUUGUUUCUGUUAAGUAAAGGAAUGCUUCUUCUAAUUGAUAAAAAACAUUCUGAUGUUCAACCUGUCCUAACCCAAGCUGGACACUUAAUAGAAAACUGGACUGGGACAGCAUACCAACGAGAGUAUUUAAAAGUUUAUUUUUUAGUACUUCAGGUCUGUCAUUACCUUAUGGGAGGACAAGUUAAAGGUGUAAAGCCUUGCCUUAAACAGCUGCAACAAAGUAUCCAAACAAUUAUGCAACAAGAUGAUACUUUUCCCUCAAGUAGUCCAAGCCAAGAGCAGUUUCUUUGGAUGCCAAAGGAACACUUAUAUGUUCUUGUGUAUCUUUUAACUGUUAUGCAUAGCAUGCAAGCAGGUUAUAUGGAAAAAGCACAAAAGUACACAGAUAAAGCUUUGUUACAUAUAGAGAAGUUAAAAAUGCUUGAUAACAAGCCAAUCCUUUCAGUUUUCCAACUUAUGCUCUUAGAACAUAUAAUAAUGUGCCGACUAGUCAUGGGAAAUAAAACCCAAGCUUUACAAGAAAUUUCUUCUGCAGCAGCUUUAUGCAAGAAAAAUCCAAAACUGUUGGAAAGUCAUGGAGCUCAGCUUCACACUUUAUUAGGUUUAUACUCAAUGAGCAUGGAUAACAUGCCGACAGCAGAAGCGCAGUUCUUGGCAGCGUUGGAUGCCUCACAAGAACGAGAGUUGUCGACGUUCGCUAAUUUGAAUUUGGCGAUAGUGUAUCUUAGAGGAAAAAGAGAGAGCGAUUUUAACGCGUUGUUUGAUAGAAUUAAUCCAGAAAAUUUGCCCAGUCAAUCUCAUAGUUUAAAAGCAGCUGCUUAUUAUGUUCAGGGAUUGCAAGCUUUUUUCCAAGGGAGAUUUAACGAAGCUAAGAGGUACUUAAGAGAAACUCUAAAAAUGGCAAACGCUGAGGAUUUGAACAGGCUGACCUCAGGAUCACUUGUACUAUUAGGUCACAUAUUUUUAUCUCUCGGAAAUAGUAGAGAAAGUAUGAAUAUGGUGACCCCAGCAAUGCAGUUAGCCAGCAAAAUACCCGAUGUUCAUGUGCAGCUUUGGGCUUCUGCUAUUUUAAAAGAUCUUCACCGAAUAUGUGGCGACACUGCUAGAGAAAACGAGGCUUACCAGAGGCAUCUUAAUUUUUCGCAGAUGUUGAGGAUGGAUCAUUUUAACGCAUCGAAACUUUCGCAACACUGCCUGAUAUACUGGACUAAAGGCGAUUUUCCACUUUAAAUUGUGUUGCGUCUCGUACUUUUUUCCUCCUUUUUAUUUUUUUUUUUGUAAAUACCAGCAAGUUUUAGUAUAACAAAAACGCUUUGUGUACAGGGAUUCGGGUAAAAAAUAUUAUUUAUUUUUAUUUUUUUAGCUUUAUGUAGGUUAAUUUGCCUAAUGGGUCAGUACAAUAUUUCAAUAAUUGUAAGUGAUGACUCCUGAUCAGUAUUGGAUAUGAAUCAGCUGUUAUAAAUUACAGAAAUCAAACUGAAAAUGUUGUUCGAGUAAAAAAAAAAGUUUAUAAAGUGCUAAUUAUCAUUUAUGUACAGGAGACCAUUUUUUGACAGAAAUAAUUAUUAACAAAAAAUAGGUACAAGAUGUUUUGCUGGAAAAUGCAAUAACAUAUUAUUUUGCAUAUACAAAAAGCAAUUGAAUCGGUAUAUGCAGAAAAGGCACAUCAAAGAAACCAAUUUCCAACUGCCCUUAUUUGCCCUAAUUACUUUUGGAGCUUGCUUUAUAAAGCAAGACACACAAAAAUAUACAGGGUGCUCCAGUUUCGAAAGCGGAAACUUAAAUAUCGGAUAGAAAAUCUGAAAAUAUAAUGUAAACUUUAUUCAAAAAAUGGUUUGUUACAGAGGUAUAGGGUGUCGAAGUUUUAAUUAAAAUAUUUAAAUUUAGUAUUAAGUAAACAGUAUAUGUUCAAAAUUGCUUUAGAUAUUUAAGUGAAAUUUGGUAGAUUAAAAUAGAUAAGAUAAUCUCACGCGUAAUCCAAGUUUCAAAAGUACGAAGUGUACGGUUAUUUAGAUUAUUAUUUGGGCAGUUUCUAUUUUGUUUAUCAUUACCACUCAGGCCAAAGUUCUCCGCCGAAAAUUCUGACGAGUUUCAAUAAAAAUCUGAGCAUCUGGAAUUCAGGUAUUAGGAUAGCGUCUACGAAAUACUGAUAGUAAUAAUCUUCUCUGUUUCAUUUCCUAUUCCAAAAUUUAAAAAAAGAGGUUCAAUUCCCUAAUAAAUUAAAAUUGUCUUUAGCAAAUUACGUAGUGAAUGAAAAAAAAAAAUUUAUUGUAAAUUAAGCGAGAACUUCAGUAAUAAUGUUUAUUGAAAAUAAAAUCAGUGAUUCAUAGUUUUUACGUAAAAAGAUAUAUCUUAUCUAACAAAGAUGCCAAAUAAAUUUUGAAAAUAUAAUCAAAUUUAAAUAUUUUAUUAUUUAAAAGUUUGACACCCUGUAUCUUUGUAACGAAGCAUUUUCCGAAUAUACUUUACUUUACAAAUAUUAUUUUGAGCAUUUCUAUCUGCCAUUUAAGUUUCCGCUUUCGAAACUGGACCACUCUGUAUACAAACUUUAUAAAACUAGUUUAAAUCAGAGCACAACAAAACGAUAAAAUUAAAAGUUUGAUUAACCCUUAUAUGGCAUAUCACAGCUCGUGGUUUGUUGUCUUCAAAAUACUAGUAAUUCUGUAGUAAGCUUUCCUGAACAACAUUUUCAUCUUAAAAGAUUUUUUUUUUUAUACAAUUCUCAGGACCGCAAACAUCUGAAAGUAUUAAGUCAAGAGUAAAUAUAUUGAGAAGAAUCCUCGAGAUCGAUUUCGUGAGUACAUCGAUUUUAUACUCAUAUUUAUAAAAAUGCAGCUUUUUCGCCGAUACUAGAUGAUUUGAAUCUAAUUGCGGCACUCAAGACACAUUAUGGACUUUUCAGUUCUUCACUCUUACACCAGUACCACAUUUUAUGAAUUGUGUCAUCCUCUGAAAGUCGCAUUGUUGCUUUUCCUCCUGUAUUCAAUCAAGUGACUGGAAGCUCUAGAGUUUACAUACCACGAAGCAGAUCUAUUUUUCCUUUAUUUGAGCUAUAAUUAUAGACCCAUAAAACAUGCAUCAAAAAUUACUUUCAGCGUUUUCAUUGACAUUUUCCUUUUUAAACGCUUUGUACUUGAAACAAUCUCAUUUCUUGUAAAAAUAAUAUCGCUUCCGUACUUCCAUUACCAUUAUUUUUGUCAUCCUUAUAUAUUGAUUUCAUUACUUCGUGUUCGUUCUGAUUUCCCCCUAAAUCAGUUUUAUUCGAACCACAUACUGACUUAAAAGACAGUAUUUUGCUAUUAGUAUUUGAAACAAUUUUACUUUUAAUCUGUAAAUAGCAUAUUAAUUGGCUAGUGGUUUAUUAUUCAUUACCGUGAGUUCAUGAAGUCAAAAUCAACAUCAUUUGUCACCUAUAAAAUGAAAGCUCGAGAAAAAUCUGUAAGUAGCUUCAGAACUUGCAAACCUUUGUAAAAGGCAAUCAUAACAUGAUUCUUGAUUUUUAACUGACAACUUGAAACUUAUCUAGUCCUGUAUGAAAAUGUCUGUAUAUCGUUAUAAAAAUGUUGUCCCUAUCUUUUGUUUUCAAAACAUGCGAUGAAACAUUUUUGUUAAACGCCUGCACAGGAGGUUAUUAAUGGUCACUUAAAAAAAAUACACAACCAUCAUUAGUUCACACCGAAAGUGCUCUAAGCUAUAAUUUUUUUAAAUUUGAAUCACACUUGGUUUGAUUUCUCUAUACAUUCACUUAAGCAACGCAAUGUUUUUCCUAGUUUGUAUUAUUACAAAUCUUCAGCACUAUUUGAACAUUAUAUUCACAGCCAUAACCGAUCAGGGUCUUUGGCAUUAAAAAAAUGUAUAUGAUUUACGAACAGUGAUUUAAUUCUCAUAAAUAAAAUUAGUUUUAAGUAAGACUGAUAAUCUUUUAAGAUUUUGUUUUUGAGAUAACUGUAAUGUAUAUAAAAAUUUUAUACGAUUUGUUUUAGUUAAAAGAAAAAAAAAAGACAUAAGAGUCGAGGUAUUUGUGAGUUAGUAUAAGGAAAAGAUAAAUAUAAAACUCAAAACAU